CGGCCUUUUGAAUCUAUGCGUCCCUCUCUGCCGCCAGUGCGUCUCCGUUGCCGCGCCACCUCUUGUGCUCCUCCUCUCCACAUGGACUCUGAUAUCUACGUGAAGCGUGCACCGUCUUUUCCGCGUCUACGCCCUCUCUCUGCUGCGGAUGCGGUGCACCUGGGUGCUCGCUGUCUCCUCGUCCUGGCCCAGCUCUGAUCCUCUGGUCCGGGGGGGCUGGUUCCCGCAGAGACGCAGGAUGGUGCGGAUAGUCAGCGCGCUCGGGCUUGUCAUGUUCAGCGUGGCGCUGCUCAUCCUGUCGCUCAUCAGCUACGUGUCCAUCAAGAAGGACUUCCUGCUCAGCACCCCCAGAUACGGACCUAAUGGAGGAUCCAGGCUGUCCAUGUUCCAUGCGGGGUUUCGCUCCCAGCUGGCCAUGAAGUAUCUGGAUCCAGGAUUCAGCCCUCUGACCAACUCCCUCAGUGAGGACCUGCAGAACUCCUCCAAAUGGAGCUACAACAGCACUGCUUUCAUAAAGCUCAAAAAGGAGAUCGCUCAGUACAUCGACAUCCCUCACAACUUCACACUGACAAAAAAAUCAGUCCGAAUCGGACAGCUGAUGCAUUACGACUACUCCAGCCACAAGUACGUCUUCUCUAUCGGCGAGAACUUCCGCUCAUUGCUCCCUGAGGUCUCGCCGAUCCUCAACAAGCACUACAAUGUCUGCGCUGUGAUCGGAAACAGCGGCAUCCUCACCGGCUCGCGCUGUGGCCCCCAGAUAGAGAAGUUUGACUAUGUCUUUCGCUGCAACUUUGCACCGACUGAGGUCUUUAAGAAGGACGUAGGGCGGCAGACGAACAUGACGACAUUUAACCCCAGCAUCCUGGAGAAAUACUACAACAAUCUGUUGACUGUGCAGGACAGGAACAACUUCUUCCUGAGCCUGAAGAGGCUGGACGGAGCCAUCCUGUGGAUCCCAGCGUUCUUCUUCCACACGUCAGCCACGGUGACGAGGACGCUGGUCGACUUUUUCGUGGAGCAUCGAGGUCAGCUGAAGGUCCAGCUGGCUUGGCCUGGAAACAUCAUGCAGUACAUCAACAGCUACUGGAAAACCAAACAGCUUUCUCCGAAGCGCCUGAGCACCGGCAUCCUGAUGUACACGCUGGCGUCCUCCAUGUGCAACCAGAUCCACCUGUACGGCUUCUGGCCCUUCGGCUGGGACCCCAACACGGGAAAGGAGCUGCCGUACCACUACUACGACAAGAAGGGCACCAAGUUCACCACCAAGUGGCAGGAGUCCCACCAGCUGCCUGCCGAGUUCAAACUCCUCUAUAAGAUGCACACGGAGGGACUGCUAAAGCUGUCGCUCUCACACUGCGCUUAGGUGUCAAACUGCAGCAGGUACAUGGCUUCAUUAAACUUACCUGGAGCUCCUCUGAGGGCCAGACAAAGGAGGAUUCAUGUGUGCCAAAUACUAAAACUUGACGGUAAUGCUGAGUUGACGCAAUGAGUUCUUGAACUGUUUUCAGACCCAAGUGUUGCGCUCAAGACGAAACAGUUUGUAUGAAUCACAACAAAUCAAGGAAAUGUGGAGUCUAUUUAUUUUCUAUGGUUCAAGAAUCUAAAGAAGAAGGGGACUGCUGGGAACUAGGUCUUUGGACUUUUGGGCAGUGUUGCUCCUUAGCAAAAUAUCAGAACUUUACAUCGCUUCAUGCUGGUUUAUUCACUCAGCACUCUUGGCACAAUAGCUGCAAAAAAGCACUAUUUAACGAGGCUCAAUGGUUUCUGAAUUUCAAUGCAAUAUUAUUCGGUAACUUACUGCGUAGAUCCAACUUCCUAUCCAACAAUCCCAUCCAGGGGCCGCCAAGUCACCAUUUGGCAACUCAUAGAUUAACAAUUGAGCUUCUGUUUUAAGUUGUGUCUUUGCCCUUUCUAAGACGUGGUUGAUGUAAUGUGGUUGGUUUCGUUUAAUUUGGUAUGGUUUGGGCACAAUAAUAGUUGGUUUAGUUAAGGAAUCACAUGGAAUCACGGCUCUUUGGGGGAUUCUUAAGUUGUUUGACCCAUCCAUUAUCCUUUACAUCAACAGUCCAUAUCACCUGUCUUAUUUUCUGCAGGAGGUCCAGAGCAGCUCUUCAGUCUCUAACACUGACAAUGUCACUGGAGGUAGUAGAAAGCUCAAAACAUUUCAUGCAGUUGCUGAAGGAUACCAAAAUGUUUAGUUUAAUGAUUUGUGUGUGGCUUUUUUUUCCUCUACUGAUAGGGCAGCUUGGAGAGAGUGGGAUAGACUAACAAAAGGCCAAGGUCAGGAGUCAACCCUGUGGCUGCAGUGUCAAAAAAAUGAAGCCUCUGUAUAUGAUACGCCUGCUCUACCGACUGAGCUAAACUGGCACCAAAACGUUGGUAUUUGACAACUUUGGAAAGAGAGCCACUAGUCUAUCAUAUAUGCAAAAUCACAUACAAGUUAUACAAGGGUAGUAAUAUCUUGGCAUUAUCCUCUUCUGUAACCCCAUCAUAAAACAUGUUCCAUUCUUAUUUUUCAUGGCAUUUCGAGCUUUCCAAAAAAGCUGCAUAAAUUGUCUUCCACUUUACAGAUGAUUAACAGUAACUGUUUCCUGCACUCCUUUCAAUCACAGGUGCCCAUUAUGGCAGAUUUUGUGUAGUCUGAUCCCAGUUCAAGAUACAGAGCCCAUCAUUCUGUCCAGCCAUCCAUCCAUCCAUCCAUAAAGCUAUCCAGUUAAGGUUUGCAGGGGGCAGCUUCCAUUGGUUGAACUAGUCUAAAAAGUAAAUGCAUUGACAGCACUCUACCAGCAUCAGUCUUGGGGAUCUCCAAUUCUGAAUAUCACGAUACUACACUUUAAAUUAAGGCAUGCAGCAGAAGCUUAAGCAAAAACCUGAAUUAGUGCAUAGUUAAGAUGAGCUAACAAUAGUCAUAGUAAUUAAGUUACAGGUACAAAAACGUUUGAUUUGUUGCUCAGAUUACAGUUCAGUUAUUACUAAAAUGACUUCGUUUGAAGUUGGGGCCCCCCGAUGAAGGGGAACAUUUGCAUCCACUGUUGCAUUAUAUUGGAGUUUUGCAAAUCAAAUAUUCCAUUAUUUUCCAAAUUAUCGCAACAUAUUGAUUAUCAAGUCUCUCCCAAUCUCCUGAAAUUUACAUAUUAUUUCAUAUCAAGGGGCACAACAUUUUUUUCUAAGUAUUUAGACUUAGAGUUCUUAAAGGUUCCUCUUUACUCAACAAACAGCGUUUCAUAUCAUCACAGACAUUAUGUGUCAAAAUGGAUGAAUGUAAGUCGAAUAUCCGCUCUCCUUUUAACCAUGGUUUUGGUCUCAACCAACUCCUGGGAAAAUAUCUGCCAAAUGUGUUCCACUUUCUUCACCAGCAAAGUUUAAGACCACCUCUCACUUAUUCAGUGACAGGUGAGUGUAGUGUACAAUGUGUUUCUUUGAGUUUUUUAGCUGGAGUUAGAGUUCAUAUAGCGGCACCGUUUUUUGCAUUUGAAAGUAAAUAAUAGCAUUAUUAUAAUCUGUAAGCACAUCAAACUGAGUCAGUGUGUGUCAAUAGUGUUACAAUGCUGGAUGCCCAAACAAAGUUUCAGAUCACGUAUGUUGGAGUAAUCCCAGAAUAAGUCUGCAGAGGGCGCUUAACGAUUUGUUCUGUAAAUCACGCAAUAGUUCCCUGAUAUGAAACCAAGAAUUUCACGAGAUGGCCUCUCCAAAGGCUGGACAAUCAGAUUGCAUAGGCUCUCUUCUCCCAGCUCUGGAGAGCAGCCCUCCCAUGGCAGCCCUGCAGCGUUCAGACCCCCGGAAGGUUCCAGUUAGCCGACCAAUCAGAAGAAAUUGGGCAUGUAGGGAGGGGCCCUUAAAGAGACAGCAGCUGAAACGAACCAUUUCAGGCAGAGGCAGACGCCAGUAUCAGAUAAACAAGGAGUUUUGUGACUGUACAAAGCUUCUCUAAAGGUUUCACAGACUGAAAACAUGAAAGGUGAAAAUUAUGAUUAUAUGGUGUCUUUGAGUAAUCACUGUUAGCGCCCAAGCUAACAGCAACAUAGAAGAGUGUGCAGCAUGAUUGAUAUUAAACUAAUCUGUGUUAUUAAGAAAGAUGUGAACAUGUACAGGCAAAAUAUAAAUGUUCAUAAUUUAAGAUAGAGCCCUUCCUCUGAAAGAUUAUUUAUAAAGCUAGCUGGUCGCGAAACCAGAACUAUGCAACUUAUCAGGAAAAUGUACUUUCAGCCAGGAUGCUGGCUUUUUGUUGUUGUUGUGGAUCUCUUUUGGUUUUUGGUGAUGUCUGUCAUUAUUUAGCCUUAUAGUUCCAUAUUCUUAUCAACCAACAAUAAUGUACCAUUUCUUAAAGAUGCCUUUAAAGCAAAAUGUCAACUCCUAAAGUCAGGGAUCAAGGAUUUAAAAAAAAAUCAUCCCCAAAGGAGUGAUUUGCUUUACAGCCAGCAGUACCACACAAACCAUUACUCAAUCUGCCUCUUAACUUGAGACUCAGGCCAAACAACAGUGAAUAUUAUGAGUUUGAUUCUUCUGUUAUUUUGGAUUCUAUUAUAGAAAAGUAAUUGGUUUCGAAAUUUGAAGAAAAAAUAAAAAAGUUUGUUUUAAUUUAAAAAAAUGGUGUUCUAAAAUCAAUAAAAUGUACAUCUGUUAAUGACAUAAUCAAUAAGAACGGCCCAGAUAAAAGAGCAUUUUGUUGCUGCUAGAUCAGGAGACUAGAAAAGUUGCAGGAACAGGACAACCUGUCCUGUUGUAUGCAUCAUACCUCAUCCAACCAUACCUCCACACCUUUACUCUCCACCUAAUUAAAGGGGGAAAUACUUCCUGCAAAUGUUCUUAAUUUUCAUGUUGGUCACAAAGAAAACUGAAACUGAAAUUGGAAAUCCUCUGAUUCCAACAAAGUGGAAACCUCAGUCUACAGCUGACUACAAGAUAAAGGGGCUGUAGAUGAUUCUCCAUAUCAGAUAAUUAUCUUUAAACACAUUUCCUAAGCACACCUCUCAAGUAUGACGUGUUUCAGUGUCUUAAAGAAACUGGUCGAGCAACAAUGAGGAGAAAGAAAAGACUUCAAAUCGAGUUCCAACCCUUACUCUGUCGACCUGUUCAAGACAUGAGACAGCGAGAGAUAAAGUAAAGAUCAGAUGACUAUAAAAGGAAGGCGGUGCUUUAAUUUAACCAUGACAUGAUGAUGAACAGGCCUACUGAGCUGUAAUUUUCAUCAGAUCACUUAAAGUCACUUUGGCUAAAGAAUUUUAGCAAAAUUGAGGUUAGGUUUGGUGAGUGUUUAUACUCGGGCUGUCAGCAUCAACUAUUUACUUGUGAUUAAUUAAGGUCGAAAUUAAAAAAAUUUAACCACAUGCUAUUUUGUCCCUUUAGGGCACACCGUAGAAAAGCCUCUUCAGUGUAUUCCUGUUGUCUAUGGGUGCUUCUGAAUUGCAAAGAGCCAACACAAUCUGCCAGCAGACUGUCCUUUCUAUAAAAGAAGGAGUUAAAGUACACUCAGCUUAAGACAGUACAACAUUUCAAAAUAAAAGCCUUACUAUUUUUUUAAGUGCGGAUUAAAAUAAUUUCAAACAUGCGAUCAUAAAUGGCAAUAAAAUAUUGAAAUUUGGUGAUUAAUCAAGAUUAAAAUGUUGAAUUGUUUGACAGUCCUAGUUUUACACAAAUGAAAAGAAAAAAUUAAGUCCACUAAUUUUUGUGUUUAGAUUUGGUGACUGAAAUAUUGUCUCAUUUGGCACUCCAUACAAAUGUUGUUUCUUUCCAAUACAACUUUUUUUUUGAGUAGGUACAGUGUUAAGAACUAGAUUUACGGUUGUAUCGUCCGUCUAUUGUGCUCAAGAUGAACGUUUUUGUGUGUUUGUUGGUAUUUUAAUACCACCAGUAUGUGUCAAGUAAGUGUCAUAUGUACUUGAUUAGUUUCAGAUAUUAAGUGGUGUGUGGAUGUGUGGAGUAGAGACGUUACAGCAGAUGGAGGUUGUGGUUGUUAUAUUGCAGAUCUUUUAAUCAUUUAUCACCAUUGUUUUUAUUUUUAUGAAUUUAAAGCGGUAUAUCAAAUUUCUUACAUGUGAAACUCCCAUGCAGUAAAUUCAAUCAAACGCACACACAUAUUUUACAUGAGCUUUCCUCGAGGUAGAUACUCUUCUUUUUUCAGUGUUUUAUCUUUUCAUGUAUUAUCAUAUUUGCAGUGUUGUGUUAGUGAGACACAAAGGAGAGAAUCUGGGACUUUCUUUGUGGCCUGCAGCUGAAAUAGAAGCUGUUUUUUUGAUCUUCAGUCAUUUGCUGUUUCAUUCUAACAUGACAUAUCUAUGACUUGAAAUGUUUCAGGACUUUGACAAAAAGAUUGUUUGCAUUUAGGUUUCAUAAAAGUAGUGAUGUUAUUGUUUUUAUUUUACUUUGAAAGCACAUGACCAAAGCUAAUGGGGAUGUAAAUGUGUUUAUUGCUUUUGUCAUUUUUUUUUUUUAAUUAAGAAUCUGUAAGUGUCAGGUAACAUAUUUGAAGAAUGUAUUUUCUUGCAGGUUGAUUGAAACUCUCCGAGGCGAACUCCACAUACAGAUUAUAAAGACGUCUUCAGAGAGUGUGCGACUAAUGGAAACCACAUGAAUAUAUCACGCACAAUAUGCUGUAGAGUUACUAACAUGUUUUAAUCAUCCAAUACUUGAAGGGAAAUAUAUCUACUCUGUAUUUAUUUUGACUUUUAGCCAUUAAAUGAAUGAAAUGAUUAAUUUGA